AUAGUCUUUGUCAUAUUCAUAUAUCUUUGAUGUGUUGUCCUAAUUGAGGUUAUUUUUUAACCAAUGAUAGUUUCUAAGUUAUUUUUUCUCUAGUAAAAUAAAAAAAUAAAAAUGAAGAUUUAAAAUAUUGGCAUAAAAGGGUUUUUUAAGUUAGUGUGAACAGAAUCUAAAUAAUGUGAUUGCCGCUGAUGAUCGUGAUUAUGCACUUUUUUUUGCACUUACAUCCCGUGACCUUCUAAUGUAAUCUUACGUUUCUAAAUUUUUGGGUGAUUGAAGUCUAACUUUGCGUUGAUGUGUGAAUAUGCGAAGAUAAAAUUUGGAAUGAGAUAACCGCGGAUCCCAGUAGACUUGUCAUUUCAGAAUCAGCGGUGGUGUCGCCAGGAUGUCCAGAAGCAGCAACACGACAGAGCUGGUCAAAGUUUGCAGUGGGGAGGCUAAUGGUUCGCCUGCGAAACACCAAGUGGCGGAACUGAAAAUACCAGUUCCGUGGGGUCACAUAGCAGCGCGAGCGUGGGGCGACCCCUCGCACGAGCCGGUGCUCGCGCUGCACGGCACGAUGGACAACGCGGCCUCGUUCGACCGCCUGCUGCCGCUCCUGCCCGCGGGACGGUUCUACUUCGUGUGCGCGGACCUGCCCGGGCACGGCCGCUCCUCGCACCUGCCCCCGGGCGCCCUGUACCGCGUGUUCGACCUCGUGACCGUCGUGAGGAUGCUGGUGGAGCGUCUGGGCUGGCCGCGGCUCUCCCUGCUGUGCCACAGCCUGGGGGGCAUCGUGGGCUACUUCUUCGCCUCCACCUUCCCGGAGCUCGUCAGGAAGAUGGUCGUCAUCGACUUUGUUUCGCACGCCUUCCUGCCUAAGGAGUACCACGUCUCGCUCAUCAGGUAUUACUACGGGAAACUGUUGGAGACGGAGAAGAAGCUGCAGGCGGGGAGGCCGCCGACGUACACGCUGGAGCAAGCGGUCCGGACCCUGAUGACGCAGCGCCCCUCGACGCUCAGCGAGGCCUCUGCCCGCACCCUGCUGUCCCGGGACUUGGAGGAGGCGGGGGACGGGCGGUUCGUGUUCCGCAAGGACCAGCGCUUCAAGUGGCUCAUGUACCCCACCCUGGACUCCGCCCAGUACGUGGCCAUGCUCGGCUCGCUGAGCUGCCCGCUGAUGGUGAUCGUGGCGAGGCACUCGGCCAUGAAGGACGUCCCGGUGGCCGGCGAGCUGACCGCGACGUUCAGGAGGAACUGCCCGGUGUUCCGGUACGAGCUUGUGGACGGCGGCCACGACGUUCACCUCAACAACCCCGGCGCGGUCGCCCCUCUCGUGAUGAGUUUCCUGUACACUCCGGACAGUUCCUUGUGAAGUACCUCGCCGGUAGCGCCUUGGCCGCAGUCAUCGAUCAUACGGCACACUUUUUUUAUAGUACGUCAAACCCCACAGUGUUGCAUAGCAGAAUUUAUUGGUCAGCCAUGCACUUAUCCUAUUUGGCAGUAUUACUCCUAAGAAAAAAUGAAGUUGUACUUAAUAUUUUAAGUGGCAUGUGACGUUAUGUAAAGAGAUGUAUCUAGCUAAAAAAAAAUUUGUGAAACAUCCUAAAUUUUUGUCAGGCUAAUUUUUUUUUUAAAUUUUUAAUUUUCUAAGUUAUGUAAAUGAGUUUGCCUUAAAAUGUAUCGUUGUCCAUGGCAUGCCAAUUUUAGAGCCGAAAAGUCAUGACAAAGGUGUAUCUCAGAAUCAAGUAAAUUUGGAAAAUUGAGGGUACCAUAAAUUGUAAAACAUACUCAAUUUUAAGAUGCGAUGAGUCAUGAAAAAGUGAAAAAGGUGUUUUUUAAAAUCCAGUAAAUUCAUUAUCUUGCAUUGCAAGAUGUCAACUUUUUUAUUGCAGCAGUUACACAUAUUUUUGAACUACCAGCAGUCCUAAAAGUUUUACACUUCAGGAAUUGCUCAUUACUAAUUAAUAUGAGAUUAAUUUUGUAGUGAUUUUUCAAAGUAAGUUUUUAAAAUGAACAUUUAAAACUGUUUAAAGGUAUUACAAUCGUAUAUUUUUGAAAAUUGUAAUGAAACAUUGUACCACUUAAACAUUAACUGAAGUGAUAUUUUUAAUCUUAAGUUUUUUUGCCAAAAAUUUAAAAAAAUGUAUAUUUUUUAAUAAAUUUAAUGAGAUUGUGCUGUUGCCUAUAAUUAUUGAUAGGAAAAAUUUGCGGUUUCGUUUUGCGUUAAGGUAGAAUCCAAAUGUGUUUUAACUUUUUUCGGCUUCUGUGAUUGGUCCACUGUUUGUCUGAAGGACUCUGAGCCAAUAAAUAACCCUCAAAGAAAGAAGUAUUGAAUUACAAACAUCAGAGUUAACAGGUGCUACUUGCUAUUAGUUAAUGAACAAGUGUUAUUUUUCCGAAUGCAUAGAGGAUCAUGGAGUCUAUCCUAUAGGGCAUUGAAACCACAAAUUUUUUCCAGUCCCUACCUAUAAUUUUAUUAACAAUAUUAUUGUAAAGUAUUUGUUUUGAUAACACUGCUAUACAAAAAAACUUUAGGGAUAAACACAGGUAAUUAUCAAAUACAAACAAUAAUGAUAAUGCAAGCAUUAAAAGAGAAAAUAUGUAAAAGAAACCAGAAAAAUACACAACAAAAAUAAUAUUUUUAUACAUGUUUACUCAUUGUUUCUUUUGUAACAUGUUUCGUUUAUGUAUUUGUACUAUUGUUAUCAAAUAUGUAUUUUUGAAACAGGUACAUAAUGUCAUUUGUAUCAUGGGUACGAUUUAUUAGGCUUUAUUCAACUUACAGUUUAUGUAGAAAUUGGUUUUAUAUAAAGGUAUUUUCAAUAAUUUAUAGAUUUUUAGAUAAUUUAAGCCAUUUCAAUGUAUGAAAUUUAUACUUAAUCUAUUGCAUUAAUUCCAUUGAAUGUGUGAAUGCAAUUCAUAGAUUGGAUUCAAUAAAAUUGAAAAUGCUUAUUGAACAUCAUUUCACACACAUUCAAGUACUUUGACUUAUUUAAUAAAAUUAUAUUAAAGUACAUAAUUGUUUUUUAUAAUUCCAAUCUUUUUUUUUUAAGAUUUAAUUUUAUUUGAAAAUUUUUAUUUUAUUUUCUAAAAGCUCAAUACAUUAAAAAAAAACACACAUACAUUUUCCACAAAAGCUCCAAAGCUGUUAUAAAAAGGUAAUUGAAAAUUAAAUGAGAAUAUUUCAUAGCAUGUCUAAAACAAUUAUUUUUUGUUCAAUUUGGAGCAUUUCAUAUAUUGAACGAAAAGCUGUGCAUGAAAUUAGGUACAUAUUACUGACAUCACAUGACUUUGAAUGACUUGAAUUAUAUAAAAAUGUAUUGUUAUUUAAAGCAAAAUUUUAUUGAGUGGAAUGCUCUUAAAUCUGUGUAAGCGUUGUUUUCUGAAACCAACUAUUUUCUACAAAAACAUUUAUGAAAAUGCUGGCAUGUGAUGAUUUGUUAUUUGAAGUGCUAACCAGGAUAUGAAGUUUUCUGUUAUAAACUGCAAGAAGCUAAACCAUUUAAAUGUGUUGAUAAACUGAAAUGGUCACAAAUUUUAUAUCAUUGUUUUUCGUACAGAAACUGCCAAGCUUUAUUUUAAAAAUAUGUUUGAGAAGGGUAAAAAUUAAAAGUUUUUAGUGCUUUAUUUGUUUGAUUUCCUUAUAAACUAACUUUAAUAAAUAAAUUAAAGGCAUAUCAUUCAUAUCUCAAUACUAUUUCGGUGUGCCUGAAUGAUUUACCUAUUUAAUAAAGUCUUGAGUGUAAAUUUGAUUUGUCUUGUUUCAAGUGCCUCAUUUGGCUGUUUUUCAUAACUUUUCAAUAUUUAAACAGAAUGUCCAGCAUUGCUUAAAAUCUAUAAUUGUGAGGGGAUUACUAAUAUAAUAUGUGAAAAAUCAUGGAAUAGUUACGGCAAUAUUUUAGUUCAGGGAAUUUAAAUGGAGUGAAAAAAUAAAUUUUUUGUCAGGCUAAUUUUUUUUUUAAAUUUUAAAUUUUCUAAGUUAUGUAAAUGAGUUUGCCUUAAAAUGUAUCGUUGUCCAUGGCAUGCCAAUUUUAGAGCCGAAAAGUCAUGACAAAGGUGUAUCUCAGAAUCAAGUAAAUUUGGAAAAUUGAGGGUACCAUAAAUUGUAAAACAUACUCAAUUUUAAGAUGCGAUGAGUCAUGAAAAAGUGAAAAAGGUGUUUUUUAAAUUAAAAUCAAAUAUCAUCUUUCAUAUAUAUGAAAUAUUUUUUUUAAUAAAAUUUAAAUAUGCUGUGAAACUUCAUUUUUCAUACUUCACAAAGUCCAAGAAAAGUUGUUGCUAAAUAAUAUAAACAAAUGAAAUAAAAAUGAAUAGACCCAUAUUAAAAUUAGUAAAAUGCGAGAAAAUUAAAAAAAAAAAAAAAAACUUGCAAUGCAUAUUUUCAAACCAGAAAAAUGUUUAGUUUGGAUAAUGCUUUUUUUUUUUGUCAAACUGAUUAUUUACAAAAUCAGGAUGGCGACCAACCGGGAAAACCGGGAAAACCGGGAAAAGUCAGGGAAUUUUGCCAGCAGGGAAAAGUCAUGGAAAAGUCAGGAAAUUUUUCAAAUAGUCAGGGAAAAAAUUAAAUCUUGUCUAAAGUUCCUGCUGCAGCAUUUUACAGCUUAAUAUUAUUUAUAGUCUUUGUUAAUUUGUUAAUUGUAUGUAGCGAAUUAUUAACUGAAAUUCUGAAUACUAUAUUUUAUACGAAGUUUGACAUUUUAAUGAAGCCAUUUUUGAUGUCGCGGGUCCAUGAAAAACUGCUGUGUUUGCAUUGCUGAUAACAGCUGGCUGGCGUGCGCGCGCAUGCAUUGUAUUGCCACCAUAGUUAUGGUACGUGUACCAAAUUAUUCUAUGCUUACUAGUUUUAUAGCUCAUAGUACACCGAGAUGACCGAGAUAGUUUUAUUUUUGUUUCUCGUAUUAUUGGCAACUAUGGUACAAGUACACGAACGUUUUGGGAUGAAAACGUGAGUGCUUUUGUUUGUUGCCAGUCGUGUUGUGUAGUGCUUCUCUACGUUUUACUUUUCAGAUGUACUAUUUAUUUUAUUUUGCUGUCCUCUUUGUGUAAACGUUUUGAAUAGUGGCGUGUACAUGUUUUCAGUAUUAUUUAGUAAGCUAGUCGGGCUUUGUUCUGAAGAUAAAAAGGAGAGAAUAGAAGUAGUAGACAAAGAUGGGGAAAAAAUGUGCGCGGGAUCAGAUAUGAACGUGUGGGCUUGGGAAGAAUAUUGCCGUUGCCGAAAGCUAAGAGUAAAGGUGAUUAAUGAGUUAAAGUGUUUAUUCGGUUAUAUUCAAAUUUUUAGCCCAUUACUUUUAUGGAGUAAAACAUUUUUUUAAUGAAUUCCAAUACAGGAUAAGAAAAGUGAAAGGUAAAUAUUAAGAGUAGCUAAUCAUUAGACUUGCGCAUAAUAGUUCGCGACCGGAAGCGCUCCUAUUAAAAACGUUUACACAAAGAGGACGGCAAAAUAAAAUAAAUAGUACAUCUGAAAAGUAAAACGUAAAGAAGCACUACACGACUGGGAACAAAAAAAAAAAAAAGCACACACGUGCGAACUAGGUCGCUCUUUUAGUUCGUCCGCUCCCAUCUCGAAUUCAAAGAAGACAGGUCACAGAUAGUUCGUUCGCUUUGCUACCGCUACUGCAGGCGAUCUUCU